AUGUCGUCUUCGCAAUUUGAAUGGGACCUCCUCGCCGGCAGGGCCCCCUCAGAGGGUCCGUCACGAGCUCGUGAACUCGGAAAAGCGCUGGCCGAGGCGGACUUUGCGGCGGUUCUGCUCUCGGACGAAACGAAGGGGAUAUUCGGCAGCCAGGCGGGUCUAUCGGAAGGUCUACUGUCUCACGUUGCGGCCAGUGGGGGCGGCCCCACUGCUACGGCAGACACGGAGGUACAGCUGGUCAUCGCCAUUGCGCUCCUCCACGCUUUCGUCCAGGCGAACUGGACCGGUCCCGACCUCACCUUCAGUCCCUCUCAACUCCUCCCCUCGGCCUCCUCCAGCUCUGGCGGAGAAGACCUAGAGUCCCGGGCUAUCCCCCUCCUCACCCUCAAUGGCGAACCGGCAUACCAUCUCGCGUCACACCCUUCCCUCUUCGUCCUCUCCCUCCGACUGCUCGCUUCCCUAUCUUCAUCCUCCUCACCGCCGCCUACACUAGUAUGGUGGCUCCUGCGCGCACACCUCGUCCAUCUUGCUUUACUGGAUGAUCCGGUCGCCCUCCCCUCAUCGACCCUCUCAGCCAUUACCGCGCUGGAAGCGGGUAUACCACCAGCGGAGCAGGAUCUCCGGACGUCCCUCCAUAUCGAGCUCGGCAAGUAUCAUCAUGCGCUCGGAAAUGACAAGGUGGCGAACCAGGAGUUCCUGGCAGCGGCCAAGGCGAGCGAGCUGCAGUAUGAGCUCACAGGUGCGCUGGGGCGGAAGACGAAGUACCAGGUGCAUAUCCACAGUCAGCUGGUCUUGCUCGCCGAGUCGAGGAAGCGGGAUGGCGAGGAGGUAGCUGUAGUCGGGGAGAAGGGGGAACAAGGGGCGGCGUCAAAUCUACCGGAAACGCUGGCGCUGAACGACGAUACUCUGCUGGAAGAGACGGAGUUCACCAAAACCACUGUGGACCCCACCUCAACCUCACCGCUCUCCCAUAUCGACCCGGCCAACCAACCCGCCUUACAUCCCCUGGACCAAACCCUCCUCCUCGGUCUUUGUCUCAACACACACAACUCCCUCCCUUCUUCCGGCCUCACGUCGUCGCAGAUGAUGCCAUUCAUCCACCGCGUGGUCACCCACCCCCGGAACUGGUCUAUCCACACCACGGCACUCCUCCUUCGCUCGCGUCUCGAGGCCGACCGGAGCCGCACGGUCGAGCGCUCCACCCUCCAGCUCGCUGCUCUGAUCGAUCAGAUGCCGACAUCCGACUCGGCGCCACAGGAACGUCUCGCGUACUUCCACCAACUCCCGUUGCCGUCUCGGUGGGAGAUGGAGCGCGAGCUUGCCAAGCGGUAUAUGACCGUUGGAGUGACGCGGAGUGCUCUAGAGAUCUUUGGCCGGCUGGAGAUGUGGGAGGAUGCGGUGGGAUGUUUGCAGCGCAUGGAGCGGGAGAGUGAGGCCGAGAAGAUUGUGCGGGAUCUACUGGAGGGCAAGAAAGUCGAGAGCGAUGUGGUUUCAUCGCUCGCCAGGGUGGCAGUGUCGGAGGAUAGGAAAGUCAAGAUGGGGAAAGCAAGGGAAGGGAAAUUAUGGUGUCUCCUCGGAGAUAUCACCUUGGGGAAGGACGAGGCGAGUCGGGAUCCGCGCAAAGCGAAAGAGGAGGCGGCGGGGUAUUACGAGAAAGCGUGGGAGGUGUCUGGUGGGACGUCGUCCAGGUCGAGAAGGUCGCUCGGGUCUCUGCUCGUUUCGGCGGGAGAAUGGGAAAAGGCUAUACCGGUUCUCCAGGCGGCGGGGGCGAUCAACCCGCUAUAUGCGAGAGUGUGGUUCACGCUCGGCGUGUGCUUUGUGCGACUGGAGCGGUGGGUGGAGGCGAGGGAUGCGUUCCAGCGGCAGGUCAGCGUAGAUGAGGAGGACGGGGAGGGGUGGAAUAACCUCGCGGCGGUGUAUCUGCGGCUGCAGGAGGAUAAGCGCGCAGCAGCGGGGGACGGCGAUUCCAAAAGCUCCGCAUUCGACAACAAACUCCUGGCUUUCCGCGCACUCCGCACCGGUCUCAAAUUCUCCCCUACCAACUGGCGCAUGUGGGCCAACUACAUGCUCAUCGCGAUCGACGUCGGAGAGCUCGCCGAGUCGGCCCGGGCCAUGUCUCGGCUGAUGGAGGAGCAGUCCGCCACGAUGCCGGUGGACAUGGACGUCCUGGACAAACUCGUCGACAGCGUCACUCGGGAUGACUGGAAUGGCGGUUCCCCCGCUGCACCCGUUACGACCUCGAACGAGGGGUUCGGAUUACUUCCAAUCGUCGAGCGGUUGUUUGAUACAGUCAUUCUACCCCGCGUAUCGGAUGAUGCUCGGCUGUGGCGAUGUCACGCGAGAUUACUGCGGUGGAAAGAGGACUGGGGGGGGGCGAUGGACGAUUACUUGAAAGCGUAUCGGGUCGGGCCGGUCAGUGAUCAGGCGGCGGAGAGGGGGGAGGGGAGGUUCAAAGAGGCAGCGAGGGAGGUGGAGGAGCUUGUGGGUGUGUUGGAGGGGUUGGGACCACGGGCGAAGGAGAAGGGGAGGAAGGGGGAUUGGAGGUUUACCGCCAAGGGGAUUGUGAGAACCUUUAUGGGCAGGACGAAGGAUAUGUUCGAAGAGACGGCGGAAUGGGAGAAAUUGAAGGAGUUGUUGGAGGAGUUGAAGCGGCCAGAGUAG